CACACCUUCAUCUACUACAACCAUCAUGGGGAAUGAUGGAGGCAGCAUUCCCGACAGACGCGACCUCGUAAAGAACAAAAAGAAGGCAGAACAAGCAGACAAGGCAAAUCAGACUCGUGCUAUAUGGUUUUUCUGUGCUCUUUCAAAGCGUCCCUUGCAAGAACCUAUCGUGUCGUGUGCUCUUGGGAAACUGUAUAACAAGGAUGCUAUAAUCGAGAAUCUACUUGAUAAGACUGCCUAUGGAGAUGCGGAGAAAAUAUGCGGACAUAUACGUUCGCUGAAGGACAUUAAAGUUCUUAAACUAACCCCAACAUCUCCACCACCUCCACCUGAUUCAUCUGCUGAUACCGCCAAGUUCGUGUGCCCGCUCACGUUCAAGGAAAUGAACGGCGGACAGCCCUUCGUGUACAUUUUGACUUGUGGAUGCGUUUUCUCUCAAUCUGGUCUGCGUACCGUCCUUGGUUCAUCGCCUUCGAACGGAAAUACUGCAGCUGGAGAAAGUUCAGCUCCUGGGGACGAACAGCUAGAAGUCUGUCCACAGUGCGCGACCAAAUUUUCUAGGUCGUCUGACAUUUUCAUGAUAAACCCACCCUUGGAAGAGGAGGAACGUAUGUAUGCUGCGAUGGAACUUCGUCGUUCAUUAGAGCCUAUGAAGAAGUCAAAGAAGCGUAAGACUGGUGCAGAUGCUGUGGCUGACGAGGUCGCUACCAAGAAGAAGAAAGCAUCCACAGAGAGUCACUUGCCUUCUCCAGCACCUGGUUUGAACCCGAAGAUAUCUGCAGCAUCACGAUCUCUUGCUCAAAGCCUUGCUGCGGAAGAAGCGAAGAGGAAGGCUGGCAUGAGCGAUGCGGUCAAGUCGUUAUACCGGGGCAAGAACGAUGCUCCCAGAAAGGAAACGUUUAUGACUAUGGGUACUUUUACAAGAUAUGCGUAAAUAACGACUUUCAUCGAGUGUAGUUCUGUGUAUGAUACUAUAAUUUAUGUAUAUUCUACUAGUCGUUGGCUUCAAUUCGAUUUCUUCAUACUGGGCAAUUUGCAAGAAUAUUUCGAUCUUAGGAUACCCGACCUUGUAUGUAUCCACUCGUGUUGCUGUUUUCUGACAAUAACUAUGCUACAGUACAACCUGUUGCACGAUUGCAGCAUCUCAAGGGCUGAUGGUACUUAUUGGCUUAGUAGUCAUUGAGUGCGAUGCAGGAAGGUAUGUAGAAGUCCUGCCCAAGGUGGCUGACAGCGAUGAACUGCGUGGGAACAAUGAUUAUGAUGCUGGCGCGGACACGUCGGAUAUCCCAGGAUCGAGAUGUCCUCCCCAAAUCAGCCUCGAAAUCCAGCUUUGAACUCCCCGUCGCAUUUAGGAUGGGAUGAAGGAACAUAGGUGCGCAUACACUUGAAACUGAG